AUGGAAUCUUAUUCUACCUCAUGUUCUUCAUCUAAUAAAUCUUCAUACACAUCCCAAAACACUAAAAAAGCAAAUGGAUCAAUGAAACAUGCUCAAUACCCUUUACAAUCCAAACAUUCUUGGCUUCACUCAGUAAGAAAGUCGCCAGCAAAGACAUGGAAGAAAGCACUAAUAGCACCUGUCAAAGUAUACACAGUGGAUCCCGUAAACUUCAAAGAACUUGUUCAGUUCCUCACUUGUGCACCUCAGUUCGUGCCUCCACAACCCGACCUUCACAAUCUUCCCCAAAGCACGAAUAUUGACACUGUUCCUUCUAACAACUGGUACCAGUACUUUAGAGCUGAAUAUUUUGGAAAAAAUUAUGAUCAGGAGGAAGAGGUAAUAACACCUGAUUUGCUGAAAAUGAACUUGCUCUCACCAACUUCUUUUGGUAACUUCUGUUUUGUUCCUCCCAUCAUGCGCCCAACUAUUUGA